AAUCAUAUGCUCAAAAAAUGACGCCAUUAGUUCUUCAGUGGUCGGUGGGGGCCUGAGGCAGCUCUCCGCCUGCGCAAUACGGAAAGUCAAUGAAAGCCGCGGGCUCAUAAACACUGUACUCUGCAGGUCAGAACGAUGACUUCUCCACACCCGUUUACUUGCAGUUUAAUUUCGCCUGGAGCAUUCAGCUAUUGCUCGAUAGUUGUCUUGCUUUGAUUUUGUCGAAAGAAAAUGAGCUCUCUCCGAGGCGUGGCACGCUCAGCUCCUCGUGGUCUCCAGGCCGUCGGAGUGUGGAGACAGAGCGAAAGUGUCGCGGCCAGUUUUACUUCUGCAAGAAACCGAUUUCAAAUCAGCGCAUUGAUACGUCGCCCAUUGCACUCAGCUCCUGCUCGGAAGAUACAGACUGCCACCGCCGAAAAUCCUUCAGCGCGAGAUUCAUCGAACCCGGCACUUUCAUUUCCCUGUCUCGACGCCCUGGACGCAAAAUCGGCGCUGCUAUCAGCCAGAUCGAUCGAGUCGGGUCCGGAGCCUUCAUACACGACCGGACAGCAUGAGAACUUCCACUGUGAGGAGCCAUUGCUACUAGACUGGGGGGGUGUCUUGCCAGAGUUUGAUAUCGCAUACGAAACAUGGGGUCAGUUGAACGCGAACAAGAGCAACGCUAUUCUAUUACAUACUGGUCUGUCGGCGUCGAGUCAUGCACACAGUACCGAAGCCAAUCCGAAACCGGGAUGGUGGGAGAAAUUCAUCGGUUCUGGCAAGCCGUUGAACACGGAUAAGUACUUUGUUAUCUGUACAAAUGUUAUUGGGGGUUGUUAUGGGAGCACAGGGCCAUCUUCGAUCGAUCCCUCCGACGGGAAGAGAUACGCAACGCGGUUUCCUAUCCUUACACUGGACGACAUGGUUCGGGCACAGUUUCGUCUGUUAGACUCAUUGGGUAUUCAGAAGCUGUACGCCUCAGUUGGCUCCAGCAUGGGUGGGAUGCAGAGUCUUGCGGCGGGUGUGUUGUUCCCCGAGCGUAUCGGAAAGAUCGUGAGUAUCAGCGGAUGCGCCCGCAGCCACCCGUACAGUAUUGCCAUGAGACACACCCAGCGCCAGGUGCUGAUGAUGGACCCGAAAUGGAACCGCGGUUUCUACUAUGACUCGAUCCCGCCUCAUUCGGGAAUGAAACUCGCCAGAGAAAUCGCAACAGUCACGUACAGAAGUGGACCGGAAUGGGAGAAGCGGUUCGGGCGCAGGCGCGCCGACCCCAGCAAACAGCCGGCCUUGUGCCCUGACUUCCUCAUUGAGACUUAUCUCGAUCAUGCUGGCGAGAAAUUCUGCCUCGAGUACGACCCAAAUAGUCUGCUGUACGUCUCCAAAGCCAUGGACCUGUUCGACCUCAGCCGGUCGCAGCAGGCAGAGACCAAGAAGCGUAGACAGGAAUUUGAGGCUCGUAUCGCUCAAGGCGGCAAGACACUCCGCUACAACGAUGCCUCCUGCAGCUUGACAUUACCCGAAAAGCCUUACGAGGAGCAACCUUCUACAACCGACUCCGGUUCUUCGGCGGACGAGUCAGUCGCCGCAGGCGAGCAACCAGAUGCACCACCCGCCGAUCUCGUCGCAGGUCUCGCGCCGUUGAAGAACCACCCGGUCCUGGUCAUGGGUGUUGCCAGCGAUAUUCUCUUCCCUGCGUGGCAGCAACGUGAGAUCGCCGAGACGCUUCGCGCGGCUGGAAAUAAGAACGUUGAACACAUCGAGCUGGGCGAGGACAUCUCCUUAUUCGGGCAUGAUACGUUCCUGCUUGACUUAAAGAAUAUUGGCGGUGCCGUUGAGAGGUUUUUGCGCUAAUUGGCGCUUGUACAGUCUAUAUUUUGUUCAGUGUUUGUCCGAUUGUGGCACAGUUCAUGAUGAAUGACACGAUGCAUCUGAGCGUACAUUUGUUUAGUAUUUUAUUGGACAUGCAAUUAAUUCACUAUCCAUGUACAUCACCCUUAAAUUAUUAUUGAGUCUAGCUAUUCAACCUACGAU